CUUAAUUCAAACAUUUGCCAUAUCCAUUAUAGCAUAUUUCGACAAGCAGACAAAUGAAAUUACAGGCAAAACGAUUCGCGUGUUUUGCCAUAUGGAAAUUGCAGUUUUAUGGAAUCGAAUUAUGUGCACUUUAGUCACCGUAGUAACCCUCCCCCCCCCCCCCCCAGCUGCCCACCCUUUGGGGCCACCGAUGUAUAGUUAUUUGUUGCACCUGGCAACCGUGAAAGUUGCCGCAUAACUUUGCUUUUGUGCCGAGUAGUUGUUGCCAGGCUGAGCAUACUAUUUACGCUUAGAAAAUAGAGAGAAUAGAAAUUUAUCACAGGCCCAACACAACGGCCGGCCAGCCCAACAGUCGGAUUUAGUAUUCCCCGCAUAAUGCCUACAAAUCUGCGGCCCACCACCAAUGGCAAUGCCCCCGAGGACUGGCAAGUGUUUGAGCUCCUGUGCGGCAAAGGAAAUGGAAAUGGAAAUGGAUCUGGUUCGGCACAGAUGCAGAUGUCUACGAUAUCGCCGCCAGCACACCAACACAGAGUGGCGGCACCCUCCUCCCACCAGUUGGAUACAUCAUGCAGCAGUGCGGGCAUCACAGUCACAGAGCAUCAUCAUGGCCUGGAUAUGACCACCACACUGCGCAGCGAAUUGGCGGCGCUCUCCUACAAGAAAGAGCGGCUCACGGGCGAGCUGGCUGAAACGCGCAGUGCCCUGUGCUCCAAGGAGGUGGACAUUGAGAGCCUUCGCUCGCAGGCCGCGCGACAGACGGCGCUCAUUGGCUCGCUGCAAAGUCGCCUGCAGAAUGCCGAGUCCAGAGAGCAGGCGGUGCAGGCGCGCUGCGACUCCACCAUAAACACCGUGCAGCGGGAGAAGCGCAGCUCGGAUGAGCGCAACAAGGAGCUCAUCGGCAAGAUCCAGCACCUGGAGACGCAUGUGGCCAGCGAGGAGUCGCAGAAGGAGCAGGCCAAGGCCCAGCUGCACGAUCUGCUGCGUCGCCUGAGCAUCAGCCUGGGCAUGGAUGUGUGCGAGAGCACUCAAAGCUCCCAUGCCACGCCCGAGUGUGUCGUCUCGCGGGCCGAGGAGGUGAUGGUCGAGCUGCAGCGUGCCAAGGCGAAGAUCAGCUCCACCUGCGACACGCUCAGCUCCUGCGAGAACGAGCUGCUGAAUCUCAAGUCGCUGGCCAACAUCGAGAAGCAGCGACUCUCCGCCCAGCUGGACGGCGCCGGGAAUCACAACCACGAGCUGGAGGGCCGUUGCCGGCAGUACGAGCGGGAUCUGCAGAUCCAGCGGGAUCGCCUCACCGAGUCGGAGAUCAAUGGGGAGAAGCUGAAGGAGGAGCUGCGCGGCUUCGAGUCGCGCUGCCAUCGCUUGCAGAACAAUCUGGACAGGACGCAGGGCGAUCGCUUGCAGUUUCUGCGCGGCCUGAGCAAUCUGCUGAAUGUGCCCGAACCCUGCGAGACUCUCAUCAAGGAUAAGCUGCGGGAGACCCUCAGCGAGAAUCAGGCCAUGCAUGCGCAAAUGCAUUCGCUGCGGGAUCAGCUGACCAGCGAACACGAGAAGCUCAAGGAGACCCAGCAGUCGACGGAGUGUCGCCUCCGUUCGGGCGAGGCACAGAAAUGCGAGCUGUCCGAGCGGCUGGAGAAGUGUCAUGCGGAGAUACACACACUCCGCAAGGAGCACAUGGGCCUGUCGGAGUUCCUGCAGCGACUGGCCAGCGCCAUGAACUGGGGCGAGUGCAGCGCGCCGCCUGCCCUGGGGCCAGACACCAAUCUGAUGGCCGACAAUCUGCUGGAGCGAGCCGAGCGCCUGGCGGCGCACUGUGAGCACGAGCUGGGCCACCAUCAUGGACACCAUCGUGGACACACGCCCGACAAGGGCUGCUGUGAUCCACAUCACGGCCAUGGCCAUGGCCAUGGGCAUGGCAAGCUGAGGCGAGAGCGAUCCUGCCACGACAUCCCCCUGAAGGAGAGCAGCAGCAGCAGCGUCUACAAUCUGCAGCGUCGUGUGCGCGUCCUGCGGGAGCAGGUGCAGCGCAGGGAUCUCCACUUGGAGCUGCUGCGCCGCAAGCUGGCCAUCAUCGAGGAUGGCGCCCGGGGCAAGUGCAUGCUGCAGGGCGAGCGCGACGAUGCCGUGUGCCGGGCCAAGAAGGCGGCCAAGCAGGCGGACAAGCUGAGUGCCCAACUGGGCGAUGCCCGGUCCCAGAUAGCCGAGGUGAAGGCACAGCUGGCGGAGGCGGUGGAGUACAAGAUCACCUCGCUGGAGCGGGCACGCAAGAUCGAUGAGCUGUCCACACAGCUGUGCGACUUGGAGGAUGAGAAGACGCGGCUGCUCGCCCAGCUGAGUGCCAUGAAGGAGCGGAUGAAGGCCGCCUGCGAGUCCAACCAGAAUCGCCGAUGUCGCGAUGAGGCGCUGAUCAAUUCCAUGCGCGACGAUGUCAAUCGCUUGAGUGCACAGCUCUCGGAUGCCAAUCAGCGGCUCUCGCAUUUGCAAUCGUUCCGCACCUCGGUGGCACGCACUCUGCACCUGAGGGAUCUGCCCGAGACGGAUCUGCUGCAUCGCCUGCAGGCCCUGUGCUCCGCCCAUCAGGAGUUUACGCUGCUCUCGAAACGCUUUGAGACUGAGACGCCCGUGGGCGAUCAUCCCUGUCCGCGUUACGAUGAUCCUGUGCCGCCCACCAGCCACUGUCGAGCGCCCCGUGAGCUCAGCUCUCCGCCGCCCUACCACCACAAGACCACACUCCAUCCUCAUCCUCAUGCCCAUGCCCAUGCCCAUGCCAGCGGGGAGCAUCAUCAUAGUUCGAGCAGUCAUGUUCACAAUCAUCAUGGAUCGCAUGGAUCGCAUGCGCGACGACAGCGCAGCAAGAGCCGGGAUAAGCGACUGCACGAUGAGUGCUUCGACACGGAUGUGCAUCGCAGGCAUCAUGGCUGCAAGGACGAGCUGCUGGCCACGGGUUCCGGCGGCAGUUGCGACGAUGAUUACGACUUUAAGAACAAAUACUGCUAGGCAAACAGCCACAGCCACAGCCACCCACUCAACUCAACGAACGAAUCGAAUUAUUCAAUGCAUUUAUUGUGUCUCUCGCACCGUCGCGGGGCUUUUUUUUGUUCUUUAAUAAAUGGAAGAAUUUUA